CGACAAUGAGUGGGGAGGGGUCCUGAGGCGCUUGCUCGUCCUCCGGGCGCGGGGGAGGGAGGGAGCUGCGGGCCGGAGCACACGGCGAAGCCGCGGGAGCGCGGACCCGCUUCCGCUCGCGGCUGGUGGGGGCUCCCGCCGGCUGCGCACCGCCGGGGCAGAGGGUGCUGGCGGCGCGUCCUGCGGCAUGCCUGCGCCGAUCUGAGCCAGCGCCCAGCCCAGCCUGCACUCCGGCGCCGCGGACUGGCUCCGGCACGGCUGUGUCAGUCAGCAUGAAUGCUCAGCUCUAGGCUGCGGAACAGCCUCCGGACUACAUGGAUCGCGCUGCUUAAUCAGCCGAGAUCACUGCCGGGGAAGCUUUCGGAGCUCCAUCUGCGCUCCGACUGCUGUGACAACUUCGGGGCUGGCUGUUUACUUCCCUGGGUCCCGGGGACUCCGCUCUGCAGCGCAGCCACCCCUGCCACCCGGCCGCCCAGAAGCCAGCCUUGAGGACUCUUCCGAAGGUGUCCUCAGGAAGGGGGAGCGCGGAGGGACUGCAAGAGAGCAGAAGCCCCCAGCUGCUCACCCUCUCGUGACUGCCUGCGCUGUGGGGUUCUGAGAGGGACCGUGCGCUUUCCGGGGAAGCAAUGCAAGUCUCCAUAGCCUGCACUGAGCACAAUUUGAAGAGUCGGAAUGGUGAGGACCGACUUCUGAGCAAGCAGAGCUCCACCGCCCCCAAUGUGGUGAACGCAGCCCGGGCCAAAUUCCGCACGGUUGCUAUCAUCGCGCGCAGCCUGGGGACAUUCACCCCCCAACAUCACAUUUCUCUCAAAGAGUCCACCGCAAAGCAGACUGGCAUGAAAUAUAGAAAUCUUGGAAAAUCAGGACUCAGAGUUUCUUGCUUGGGUCUUGGAACAUGGGUGACAUUUGGAGGUCAAAUUUCAGAUGAGGUUGCUGAACGGCUGAUGACCAUUGCCUAUGAGAGCGGCGUUAACCUCUUUGACACUGCCGAGGUCUAUGCAGCUGGGAAGGCUGAGGUGAUUCUGGGGAGUAUCAUCAAGAAGAAAGGCUGGAGGAGAUCCAGCCUUGUGAUAACAACUAAGCUCUACUGGGGUGGAAAAGCUGAAACAGAAAGAGGGUUGUCAAGAAAGCAUAUUAUUGAAGGACUCAAGGGCUCCCUCCAGAGGCUGCAGCUGGAGUACGUGGACGUGGUCUUCGCGAAUCGUCCGGACAGCAACACCCCCAUGGAAGAAAUCGUUCGAGCCAUGACACAUGUGAUAAACCAAGGCAUGGCGAUGUACUGGGGCACCUCGCGGUGGAGCGCGACGGAGAUCAUGGAAGCCUAUUCGGUAGCAAGACAGUUCAAUAUGAUCCCGCCGGUCUGUGAGCAGGCCGAGUACCAUCUUUUCCAGAGAGAGAAGGUGGAGGUCCAACUGCCAGAGCUCUACCAUAAAAUAGGGGUUGGCGCAAUGACAUGGUCCCCACUUGCCUGUGGAAUCAUCUCAGGAAAAUAUGGAAAUGGAGUGCCUGAAAGUUCCAGGGCUUCACUGAAGUGCUAUCAGUGGUUGAAGGAAAGAAUUGUAAGUGAAGAAGGGAGAAAGCAACAAAACAAGCUAAAAGACCUUUCUCCAAUUGCUGAGCGCCUAGGCUGCACGCUACCUCAGCUAGCCGUCGCGUGGUGCCUGAGAAAUGAAGGCGUGAGUUCUGUGCUUCUGGGAUCAUCCACUCCAGAGCAACUCAUUGAAAACCUCGGUGCCAUUCAGGUUCUGCCAAAGAUGACAUCACAUGUGGUAAAUGAGAUUGAUAACAUACUGCGCAACAAGCCCUACAGCAAAAAGGACUACAGAUCCUAAGGCAAUGCAUGAGCCACAGAAGCUGCAUGGGUAAAAUAGCAGUCUGUACCCAGUCAGACUGGUGUUCCUAGCCACCCUUCUCACUUAGCAGCCUGCUGCUCAGCCUCUAUGUUCCUGGAUUCUCUGGUGUCCACUGUUGCUAUCACUGUGCACCUGAAUUCUAAGUAUAUCUGAAAACUCAUAACCAAGAAAUCCAUUCUAUUUUCUUACCUUAGACUGGAGUUCCCUCCCCUUGCAUUGCUCUGUACACCACACGCUUAUGCAAUGGGAAAGAAUAGAAGGGGGAAAGACAUAUUACUUUCAGGUAUUUGUUACUUAAAGAAGGCUGUAGAGAUAUAUUUUUUCAAAAAGAACAAAUCCACAGAUGCAACAUAAGUCACUAAGGCACAGAGGAGAACAUCCUCAUUCUGAAGUAUUGCUUGGGAGAAUAAGCAGAAAUAGUUUUACAUUUCAUAUUCAUAUUAGCAAGUUUUAUUUCACUUGUCAUUCAAUAAGUUUGUAAGAAAAUGCUUUCAUUGCCUUUGAAGUAUUUACUGAUGCUUGGUCCUGUACAAUGUAUUCAGAGUAUCUUUUAGAAUUCAAUAAUGUUGUGUUCAUUUACAAGUAGAGCUGACAAGUGAGCGCUCCACUCCUCAACUAGAGUGGAUAAUGUAUGAUAGGGACAGUUACACUGACAGGGAAACUUAAGCUCAGAAUAAACUGUAUGUACAACUGAGUGUUCUUUUUCACAUUUUACUAAACCUGCUUUAUACUUUCAAGUUGUAAGCAUAACUUCUGCAAGUUUAAGUAUUUGAGCUUUAAAAAAUAUAUAUGCUGUUUUGUAAGUAAACCUGUAAAAUACCCAGAAAGGCAAAAUGUUCACUAUUUAAGCACCAAUGGGACUUUUUAAUACUUGAUGUAUCUGAGGGAGUUAACAUAAAAACCAUAGGCUUUGUGAAAAACAUGUCGUUACUCAGAUAAUGCAGAGUGUAUUAACUUUCCCAGUGAAAAGCAAAAUGCCCAAGAAGUUCCCAAUUCUGAUAUAUGUACCACACUAUAUGCAUGAAAGCCCUGCAUGAAUUACAGAGGCUUAGCCUUGCUGCACUCAGAACUGGAGGUAUAUCAACCUCCCAUUUUUGGCUAACUUCCUUAAUAUCAUACUUGAGAAAAAUUGAGAAUAUACUUUGUGUGGGUAUUUGUUAAAGAAAACAUAUCUUUGUCAAAGUUAAGAGUGGUUCUUUAAUUAUAUUUAUACAUCUGAGGAUGUACAAAAUUCUAAUUAUCUGGUCAGGAAGUUCCCCACAGAGAAAUCGCUUUGAAAUUUACUGAAGAAAUAUAUCAUCUUAAAAUGCUACUUGUCAUCACUUUCAGAUAAUUAUUUCAUGGUUAAGUAGUAAAUCUUAAAAUGUUGGGCACCAAUAAAUAUUGUUUUGAUCAUUAUUUGUAGUCUGAUAAGGAGCUUGGAUUUUUGCCUGGGAUUAUCAGAUUAAUGAUGGAAAUGGAUUCCUUUUCCAGUUGUUCACUGUGUACUCAAUCCAGUGAACUACUGUAUGCAUAAAUGACCUGAGGCACUAUCUUAAUGGGAAAUGCAAUUUAACUUAUUUGCUUAGAGUAAUAAAAGCAUUUUGUGCAAU